AUGCGACAUCAUCUUCUCCUACCCCUUUUCGGAGUCUUGACAAAAGCCGCAGAAUCCAAGCUAAAUAACACCUAUGAGUACAUAAUCGUUGGAUCUGGUCCAGGCGGAGGACCUCUUGCAGCAAAUCUCGCCAAGGCCGGCCAUUCGGUUCUUCUCAUCGAAGCUGGAGACGACCAAUGGAACAACUCCAAUUCGGCAACAGUUUGGAACAACCCAGUCGCUAUAAACGAUCCCCUAACCCGUUGGGAUUUUUUCGUCAGCCGCGACGAGCCCCAAUUCGAUGAAGGGUUUGAGUUUACCACCUGGAGGCAGGCGAACGGAGACUAUUAUGUUGGAUUGGAUCCACCAGCCGGUGCCGAACGCCUUGGAGUCUAUUAUCCACGAGCAGGAACUCUAGGAGAUUGCACAAUGCACAACGUUGCGUCAAUCUCCCUUCCAGCUGACGUCGACUGGCAAGACAUUGUGGAUACCACUGGGGACGACUCGUGGACUACAGCGAACAUGCGCCAAUAUCUUGUGAGGCUAGAAAGAUGCCACUAUCUUGCCAAUGGAAGCACUCCCACUCAUGGAUUUACUGGCUACAUCGAUACCUCGCUGGGGGAUAUAUCGUGGGCCUACAAUACCACGCCUGUAGCAGAACUGGCGCUUAGACACCAGAACGCAGCCGCGGGCGAAGGUGUCUGGAACUUGACUCACCUUGUUACCAGAGACAUCAACGAGGAUUCCCCAAAUAGAGACGAUACUGUUGGAGUUUUUGGGCCAUUUACUCAUUCGGAUCAUGGAGUUCGGUCAAGCCCUAACAACUACAUCCGCGAGACACUGGCCGAUGCAAGGCAUUUCCCACUGUUUAUCCAGCUAAACACUUUGGCAACUAGGAUAUUGUUUUCCAAAGCUGAAGGGAAGGGAACAAAUAAGUCGAGGCCCAAGGCCAUCGGAGUCGAGUUUCUCAAAGGCAAAAGCAUGUAUUCUGCCGAUCCAAGGUAUGAUCCUGAGGUACAGGGCGUUUCCGGCAAAGCUUUUGCCUCCAGGGAAGUGAUCGUUUCUGGUGGCGUAUACAACACUCCGCAGCUUCUCAAGUUGAGUGGAGUUGGGCCCAAAGAAGAACUUAACAAGUUCAACAUCCCUGUCGUUAAAGAUCUCCCUGGCGUUGGAAUAAACAUGCACGACAACUACGAGACAACCAUCUAUGGGACGUUCGCAAACACAUUGUACGGCUUCUACGAUAUCUUUGCGAAGACCUCGAAAGCCCUAAGGACCAGAGACAUACACUUCUACCGCGGCGCUAUGCAAUUUAUUGGAUUCUGGCCUAGUAUGCUUGGCUGGAACCCUAACGAGUUCACAUGUGGUUUCAUGCAACUUCACUCAAGGAACAUCAAUGGCUCGGUAACUCUGAAGUCUGGCAACCCUCGGGAUAUGCCCAAUAUCCACCUUGGUUUCUUUUCGCAAGGAGACGAUGAUGACCUCGCAUCGAUGGUAGAAGCCAUCAACAUGGUUCGCCCUGCGUUACAAGAACUUUCCAACAACACUUUCACGGAGUUGCGCCCAUGCGCCGCUGGCACACUCUGCUCCAACGACGCUCAGGCUAGACUCCACCGCACCAACGUCUACUCACACCACGUUACUGGCAGCUAG